CUGGUGCUAAAUUCUUGCGAGCGUCGAUCUGCCGUUUGAAAAGAUCCAAGUCUAAGCACCAACUCAUUAGCAAGCAGCUGGCUGGGUAACUAUUUUUAUCGGAUAUAUGCCACGUAUGAUUAAGGCCCGCUACCACCUCGGGCCGGCCCACCCGCAACCUUUCCCCUUCCGCAAGGGAAACUCCCCAAACAAAUCCCCCACCCCUCCGCAGCCGACGAUGUCCACCGCCGCGGACGCCGACGCCGACUACGACCGCCGCUCCGACGGAUCCGUCAUGCCUGACGUCCUUGCCAAGGGCCGCGAGGCCUGCUACAAGGCACGGGACGCCUUCUACGCAUGCGUGGAGAAGCACGCGGACAAGAAGCACACCGAGAUCGCCACCAUAGGGCUCCUCUACCCCGCCGACUGCAAGAAGUCCCGCGCCAACUUCGUCAGCAGCUGCCGCCCCACCUGGGUGAAGCACUUCGACCGGCAGUACUGCGCCAAGAAGCGGGUGCAUAGGCUGCUCGACGGCGACGAGGACCGCCGGGGCCCCAUCUCGCUCCCGCAGCCCUACACCUUCAAGCAAUAGGCAGCCCCCUGCGGUUUUGAUCUUGUAGUACAUUGCUCGGAAUGUUAAUGGAUGAGAAUGAAUUUGUCUAUGAAGGUAUACCUACUGGACAUGUGACUUGCAAUACCUUUUCUUCUGAGAACACGCAUGAGAGCUGUGUGCAUUUCUAUUACAUAGAAUAGAAAAGGUUCAGAUAUGAUAUUUCCAUAAUCCUUAUUGGACCUUAUGUUCUUUAAUGCUUUGUUUCAAUUGAAAAAUUGAGAGGGUAAAUGAAUAUUGUUGGAUUAA